GUUUUGGAAUUUAGAGCGAAACAGCAGACAAGAGGGAGACGCUGUGUUUUAACGGACGUUAGUUCACACUUUAAUAGAACAGUGGGGUAGCCAUGUCUUCAACAUCUCAGAAGCACAAGGAGUUUGUGGCAGAGCCCAUGGGGGAGAAGCCGGUGAUGGCGCUGGCCGGAAUCGGGGAGGUGCUGGGGAAGAGGCUUGAGGAAAAGGGCUUCGACAAGGCGUAUGUAGUCUUGGGCCAGUUCCUGGUGUUGAAGAAGGAUGAGGAGUUGUUUCGGGACUGGUUGAAAGACACAUGCGGUGCCAACGCCAAGCAGCAGGGUGACUGCUACAGCUGCCUUCGCGAAUGGUGCGACUCAUUCCUGUAGUUCACCCACCCCCCACCAUCAGAUGGCACUGCAUCUUCAUUUUCACAGUCUUUCUCGCCCAAGGUCAUGCACCCCUCAUCUGGCAUCUUCCACAAUCUUUAGACUGUUUCUCUCACACACAGUACCUCUCUCACAGUGUGUGGUGGGUUUUGGUUUUUUGGGUGGGUUCACGAAUGGAUUUGAAGUUUUUUUUUUUUUGGUCUAUAUGUGUACAACUUUAUUUGACAGAAAAACUUCUCAGUGGGGCACAUAAUAUUCUUAUGUUCUUAUGGAAGUAAACCUCUGUUCCCACUCCUUGCUUAGUACGGUCCUUUCCCUUUCUGACCGUUAUUCAAAUGGAUAGCGCUUUUUAAAUGUUUUAUACCCAAACAGCUUUCAACCAUGAAAAGUUCUCUUGGAUACACUUGUUCUGAUGUUACUCUACAGCUUCCCAGGUUACCAUAUUUUGUGAUUCAUUUGUUCAUUUUGUAAUUACCAUUUGUAAUUGACACCUGCUAAUUAAGCCUGACAUACAUACUGCACUGUAUUGUGAUAUUUUCUGUACGUAAGUUGGAGAGUUGCAACACCAAGAACGUUCAUAUUCUUAAACCGUUAAUUAAGCAUGAAGUUGUCUUUGUGUGAUAGGUUGAGUAUUUCAGAAGUUGAUUUGAUCACAAUAUCAGAAAAAGGAAGGGUUUAGGGGAAAUUUUGCUGCUUUCAUACAAACUUAAAAAUGGAGGGAUACCUGAUUGACACACUGGUUUUUUUUUUUUGUCUGACUGUGAGAACGAAAAAUGCUGUUCCCUUAUUGGUUCAGUUUUCAGUUAUUUAAAAUUCUUCCCAACAGUUUUUAUGUUGGAUCUUUUUUUAAUAAAAUUGAGAGUACAAUACAAGGACAAAUAUGUCCUGUUUGUUUUAAUGUGAUUUUACAGCAAUAGGCUUAAAAAGAAACAAAUCAAUGUGUGAUUUGCUCAGCAUACAAACAGUGUGAGGUUUAGAGUGAGUGUGUAUGCAAGUGAGAAGGUCAGCUUGAAACUAGAAAAUUAGUUCAUUUAAGUUACAAGCCUUUCAGAAGACCAGUAUUUACACAGAACAACUCAAAGCAUGAUGGGGAGACUAAAAGGCUUUUAUUCCAGUGGAUUUCACUGAAAAGCUAACAGUUGCAGUCUGCUUUCUCCAUCAACAAGACUCGUAUUUAGUUUUAAACCUUACUUUCAUCAAUCCUAUAAAUCUCUAUUUAUCUCCCCCCACAAACUUAAAAGUGACCUAUUCAGUAAUAGGAUGUUAUGGAAAUGGCUUGCCAUUACACGAUAUUGCACAGCACAACAGCACAAUACAUGAUCUUAUCUUGGAAAAGGAUUGAGUGAUAUAAAGGCAUUAACUGUACUAUGCCUAGAGUAAAAGGACAUUAAAAUGGCUGUACUCUACUGUGUUAAAAGGUGAAAAUCAUUGUAAGACUAAAUGAAUUUUAGGAUUAAAUACCCCCUUUCCCUCCGAAUAUACUAAUUCUAAAAAGGUGACAUUGCAACUAGCCAAUGCAUUAUUAAACCAUUUAAAAUCCAAUCCCUUUUUAGCCAGUCUUCGAAAAUAAAUCUAUUUCAUGUGC